CGGAGAGUCACCGGAGUCCCGCCGGAGAUGCUGCGCUCCCCAGAAAAAGACGUCCAACCCCGGGUGCCGCCCCUGGUCUACGACGAGCGCCUGCAAGAAGAACUCAGCCUCAAAAUGGCGUCCGAGACCUCGGUCCGGCCGUACCACCACCCCGCCCACCUCCUGGACAACCCGGGGUUCGUCCCCCACCUUCACCCACUGACCUACUUCUACGGCGGGCUGACCGCGGCCUUGACCGCUGAACACUUCAAAUCUUGCCAGAACACAUUGUCCUCUAUGUUCAACCCUGGCGCCAUGUCCGGCAACCCUUUCAGCAUUGACAGCAUCCUGAGCCGCCCGGGGCCCACCGUGUUCCACGGGCACCCCCGGCCCGCCCCCUACUUCCACUACACAGGCCUGCACCCGCCGCACCAGGACAUGCUAGGCGCCUACCCCCACCCCUUCUCCAGCCUGCUGAGCCCCAUAGACCUAGCGCGUGCCGGCAGCCAGAAGCGGAAGCGACGUCACAGAACGAUCUUCACGGAGGAGCAACUUGAGCAACUGGAGGACACGUUCCAGAAGACACACUACCCGGAUGUUAUGAUGAGGGAGGAGCUGGCCAACAAGGUGGACCUUAAGGAGGAGAGGGUGGAGGUAUGGUUCAAGAACAGACGGGCCAAAUGGCGGAAACAAAAGCGGGAGCAGGAAGCCGCCGACAAGCGCGUACAUGAUGGGGGCGCCGGCAGCCAGGACAGAUCGGGCGUCCGCAGCCCAACCUCGGGGUGCCGCAGCCCCACCUCGGGGUGCCGCAGCCCCACCUCGGGGUGCCGCAGCCCAACCUCGGGGUGCCGCAGCCCAACCUCGGGAGACGAGGUCGAGGACUCCAUCUGUGUGGACGACAAGGACGACGUGGGGGAGGCCGGGUUCUCGCCCGACUCGAGCACGGAGACACACCAGAGGGCGGGGCAGCUCCAGGGGGUGGACAUGAGGAAAAUACCCGACACCCUGGGGGACGCCCCCGCCCUCAGAGCCCAGGCGGGGCGCGAUGAAUUCUCAGACGAGGAGCUUUCUCCGUGAAGCUAACGUCACGAAAACUGAAAUUUUACCGCACGGGAAAACGUUUUGCUUCAAAAUAAUUAAAAAUAAAAAUUCACGAAUCCUCUCAAAGAAAGCUGACACCCCUCGCUAAAACAAUACAAAUGUACUGUCGCCCAGCAACCAGAUUCAGGGCAAACGUCAGAGGUCAUCCAAGCUACGCCAGAUUUAGCAGAAGACUCUUCCGGAAGUGCAUCAGUGUUACCAAGCAACGGAUAUAAACUGAGCUGUAAAGUUGAGCACUGGAUACAUUUCAUGUGUAAUACGUUUUCUUUAAAGUUCUUGUCAUAUGUAAUUACAAAUAAUUUGACGUAUUAAUAUUUCUCGUAACCUGCUUCAAUGGAAUUUCUAUGAAGGCUUUAUUCGUCCAUUUUUAGCAGUUUUUAUCAUAACCCCGAGAGGGUUAAUUAAAUUUUUUCCAUGAUAUUUUACGUAUGUGCAACCGGCUGUAAGCCGCCAUCUUAUAAAAAACAAUCAAUUAUCAUGUAAUAAUUAAUUUAAAAUGGUGAUGUAAACCUUACGUUAUAAGAUCUAUCAAAAUAUCGGGCAUCGAAUAAAAGUUUGAUCAGCCUAUGUGUUGAUGUAUUCUCCAUUUUUAUGGAAUUUUUGGCCGGUAAAGCCGCUAUUUUUAUUGAGUUUAGGCUAAUAUAAUCGUCAAUUUGAUUGAGUUUUGUCUGAUAUAGCCGCCAUUUUGAUGGUAUUUUGGCUGAUAUAGCCGCCAUUUUGAUGGUAUUUUAGGCUGAUAUAGCCG